CGAGAAACUCAUUGUCGAAGUUCAGCAACAUGAAGUCAUUUAUGUACCAAAUCAUCCUUUUUAUAAGGAAAAUGUCAGAAAGGACAAAGCGUGGCAUUUAAUUGCAAUAGUUUUGGGAGUGGAAGGUGAGUACAUUAGGUUUAGGAUUAUCGCGUGAUCUCGUGAUCUCGCGUGAAUACGGCUGGCUCGCAAGGCAGCGCUACGCUGCCGUUACGCGCCCGGUAGGAAUGGACGCAGGGCAGAGGACGCAGCCGUUCCUCGGCGCGUACGCGUCCGGUGGAAUCCCGGUGUCAGAAUUUCGAGAGAUGAAGACAAACUUCCGACUCGGAAGGCUGGCAUCCGAAGAUUCAGGAACAUACCAUACUAAGCUAAGGAGAGGGUCUCCGACAGGCUCUACGGCUACGGAGAGGGCUUUCUGUGUCUACGUACAGCACUUUUGACUAUAAGCAACAGCUAGGAGGGGUUAGGAGGAGGGCGGUGCUCCGUGGAGGUCCUCCUCAUCACGCACGGACGUGCUCUUGUUCACAAUUUACAGCAGCAUCAGCAGCACCUGAUAUGGCUACGAAGAUCAUCUACUUCACGGUGAACGGGAGGCCCGAGAGAGCCGAGCUCCCGUUGGAUUGUCCAGCGCAGGACUUAAAAGACUUAUUCCGCUCUGCGGCCGAGGCAAGACCCCACGACAUCCUGAAGCUGUACAACCCCAAGGGCAACCUCAUCAACAUCUCCCCCCGCCUGGAGCCUAACAACCCCAGCUCCUGCUACAAGCUGGAGGUGGUGGCCGCAGACUGCACCAGUGAGCUGUUAGGUGUGGAGCUUGCUGUGGCACUCGGAUUUAACUUCUCCACCAUGGAGAAAAGACUGCAGGGUCUGGAGAAGAAGAUCUUGGCCCAGGCGGUGGAGACGCCUGCAGUCGUGUACGAGAUGAAGAAACAGGUGGACUUGUUCCGGGAGAAACUGGAGGUGAAUGUCAAAGCUUCUAGAGUGUGGAGCACCUCAGCUGGCUGGGGCUGUUCAAGGAGCUGUCUGAUGGACCACACAAACCCUCCCCUUUCUACCACAAGAGACCUCUACGCAAAACCUGUGAUGAGGUCAAACACCUCUCUUGAGGUUUCCGAAGAAGUGAGACAGUAUUUAAAGACCCCGUCCUUUGAUAAUUGGCAAUGGGAGGACGCAGAGAUCAUGGUACUUCUUCAGGUGAUGUACACAGACCUGGACUUCAUAGCCACUUUCAACAUCGAGCCUGAGGUCCUGCAACAUUUCCUGUUUGAAGUGUACCGCAGAUACAACAACAUCCCCUUCCACAACUUCAAACACUGCUUCUGUGUCACCCAGAUGAUGUAUGGGCUUAUCUGGAUGACUGACCUAAAGAGUAAGAUAGACAGUAUUGACCUGCUGACUAUGCUCACCUCUGCUGUCUGUCAUGACCUCGACCACACCGGGUAUAACAACGCCUAUCAGAUCAAUGCACGGACUGAGCUGGCUUUGCGCUACAACGACAUCUCUCCAUUGGAGAACCAUCACUCCGCCGUGGCCUUUGAGAUACUGGAGAAGAGAGAGAGCAACAUCUUCAGAAAUCUGACGAUAGAGCAAUACAAGCGGAUAAGGGAAGGAAUCAUUCAAUGCAUCCUGGCCACUGACAUGACGAAACACAAUGAGAUCCUCAGCAAGUUCAAGACGAUCCUGCCUGUGUUUGACUUUAAGAACAAGGACCAUAAAGAUGUGGUAAUAACACUGAUGAUGAUCCUGAUCAAAGUGAGUGACAUCUCCAACGAAGCCAGGCCAAUGGAAGUGGCCGAGCCGUGGCUGGACUGUCUUCUUCAGGAGUUCUACAACCAGGGCGACAUGGAGAAGCUGGAGGGACUUCCGGUCACGCCCUUCAUGGACCGCGAUAAGGUGACCAAGCCUUCCUCUCAGACCGGCUUCAUCCGGUUUGUCCUCAUGCCGCUCUUCAUCGAGCUGGCCAACCUCUUCCCCUGUCUGGAGCAGCACAUAGUAUACCCUGUACGGAAGGCUCUGGACUACUACACUGAGAUGGAAAAAGCUCUGGAGCGGGAUAAACAGAACCGGGCUCAAGAGAAGGCUAGCAAGAGUAAAGAAUCUCCUCCAGGCUCCCAGGCCGCAUCAGACGCUCAAACCGCAUCAGUGCAGGAGUGCUCAAAGACAGCAGCACAGUGAGCAGCCCAGGCCAUUUACACACAUUGGAACCUAUCUGCAGUCAUAACGGGCCAUAGACGCAUAUAGGAGUCUAUGUGGAGUCAUAAGGGGCCAUACACACACAUAGCAGCCUGUAUGGAGGAAUAACGGGUCAAUAUUUAACAACAUUUUGUAUGUAUAAAUUUAUUGGGUUUAUCAUAGUUAUUCAAUUUUUAUUGUGUUUGUUUGCCGUUUCUUAUCCGAGUUCGGCUUGUGGAUAGAAGUAAACUCUCAAAUGUGAUUCAUAAAUUGUACGUGUGUUAUCAUCAAAUGUAAAACAAAGGAAGAGUAUGGCGCCAUCUAUUGGACAUUGACGUGCUAUUACAAAGGUGCCUCUGAGCAAAAAAAAAAUUCUGUGGGGUCAUUUUUAUUUUUUAAAGGGGAAUUAUUAUACCACCAGGUGUGAGUGUGAUUAGCCUUACAAGCCGUUUCGAAAAUCUGCCCCAUAUGACAUCACUAGUGGGCGUGUCCACCUAGAUAUGUGCUGGAUAGAUGAGCAACGUUUGCUUCAGUCAACUGGGUAGGCUGGCAGACUGAUCCAUCCAGACUACUUCCCAUGCAAGUGAACGGAGCGUUCCACGGCAUUGAGAAGACCCGUGUAAUAAAGGCCUAUAAUAUUUCUGUUUGUGGCAUAGAUUUCUCCUCAGAUUAGGCCAAUAAAGCAAUGAUAACAAAAACAAAAAAACACAAACGCUCAAUCUGAGGCCCCGUCCACGAAGCCGAAACGGGCGAAACCGUUACGGUUUCGAUCUAUCCGGUUUCUAAGUAUCUCCGUAAAGACGAAGCCAAGCGAAACCGGAUUGAUCUGUAGAAACGCUGUAGUAAACAUUCCAGGCCCAUAAGGGGCGCUGCUUCUGGUACACAAAUCCAGAAGAAGAAGAGGCGAGCAUGCGCAUAAAGGCUGCCCCCCGAACCACUAACAACACAAACAAACAGCUCUUCUACGAUGGCGAACUAGAUUCUCAAUAAAUAAUGGCUUAGCAACCCAACAAGGGACAUGAUAUGCUGCAGAACGAUUACAAGCUUGUAGUCCGCCAUCAUCUUUUUUGUUGUGAUUUCUGAGACUCCGCGGGCUUAAGAGCCAUUGGCUCGGAGGUCGAGGGGUGGGGCGAUGAUGUCAUGGUUUGCGGUUUCAGUCGGUUUCAGGCGUCCACACGAAACCAAAACAAAACCGGAUAGAUUUGAAACCACCUCCGAGGGUGGUUUCAGAAGUUUGCGGUUUCAGUCAGCAGAUUCGCUGGCUUCGUGUGGACGGAAGGCCGAACCGUACAAGACCUUUGCGGUUUCGCCAUGAAAUCGGCUUCGUGUGGACGGGGCCUAAGGCCCGGCCCGACCCGGCUCAAAGAUAGUGGUGGGAAAUAUCGGCGGGCCGGGUCGGGUCAAUCAAAAACCCUCAAUGUUUAUGAAUUGGCUAAACAAAUGACCACUGUAGCAUAUUUAAACACAAUUCAAAUUGUGCAAGGAAUUAUUUCCAUUGGUCAUUCUGAAAUUUCGUUAAGAAAUGUCGGUCUUCCUCAGUUUUUCCCGGGUCAAUGACCGGUAAUAACCGGACAACGGAAACUCUGCUAUAAACCAACCUAACUUUCAACGUCAACACCGAACCCGAUUUUCCAAACAGAAGUUUCAAAAUAAGAUCUAGUAGUAAGUACGGGUAAUAUAGGACUAAUUUUAGCCAAGUGGGGGCUCCAUGAUUGCUAAAUCUAAUGAGAGAGGUAAAAUUGCCGUUAACGAAGGAAAGCAUAGUAUGCCUUGCGACUGUGCUUCGCAGUAUGCCUUGCGAAAACCAGUAUGCCUUUCGAAACCCAGUAUGCCUUUCGAAACACCUCGUGAUUGGUCGAUGAAACGCUACCAGGAACACGUAAAGGGCGUUCUUGUGUCAUGACGGAAAAGCCCAAGCCUGCAGAUGGACCCUUCUCGAUUUUUUUAAACGGCAUGUAAGGCUAAUCACACCCACACCUGGUGGUAUAAUAUGUCCCCUUUAAUGUUGUUUGGAUGUUCAAAAAAAUAUGUGAUUGAAGGAGUAUUUAACACAGAGUAAUAUUUGUAUUACUGGCAAAAAAACAUUUGUGAAUCGAAAGACCAAAAAAAAUAUCAGGAUUUAAACCCAAUUAGAAAUAAGCAUAUUCAAAUUGUAUUAAAUGUGUAUUGAAUAUGCAUUUUGGCCCCAAUGAUGUUUUUUACUUAAAAUGUAUGAACAGUGUAUUAUCUGGUUCAACUUUGUUAUCUUAUUGCAUUCAUUAACAGAAGGACACCGUCUUGUUGUUGAUUGUGAAUACCUCACAAAUAUUGGCAUUUGCCCUGUAGAAAACCUUACAUUUGGUCGGUUUUAAACAAUAAAUAAGUUGCGGGCAA